AUCGAGGAUAUUUACGACAAACGCAAAUUGGGCUGUUGCAUAAGAUAAACUGACGACAUUUUCCGUAGCUUUGCAGAAACGUUAAAUUUAAUAUUAUAUCACUCCUUAGUAGGCAGCUAUGGCUGGAAGGUUACUGACUUCACAACUAUAUAUCAUCACAGAGAACAGUGGUAUUAAUACAUUACUUCGGAGGCUCCUGCGCACGAAGCUGCUACCACAGUACCAGACCCUCUCCACUGCUGCAGCAAGACAUGCCAGGAAAACAGAGGACCCCCCAGGGGAGGAGGAUACAGGACCCCUGAAGUUCACCACCAGUAAGGGUGCUCAGUGGAAGGUGGCGCAAACUAUGAACCUGAACAAAAACCGUCCAAUCAGAAAAAUCAUCCCUUUUUCCCUUACCUUCACAGCUAUCCUGCUGUACUUCUGUGUAUUCCGCAAGGAGUCGUGGUUGGAUGAGGAACUGGACAAAAACUUGUAUGCCAGGAUGCCAGGGUUAUUACCGCCAACAGAUGAAAAUGAGGGUACUGACAGUGUUGCUGUUUCAGGACAAGAUGUUGCUACAACUACUAAUGUUACACCUUCUACAUAGCGAAUUUUGUAUAUCUAAAUUACUGAUGUACCUAUAGGCUGAAAAUGUUGUUGUUUUGUGAAUUUUUGCUUUAAGUUAUAUUUGACUCAUAAAAUAUAGAGGUGUAAAUAAUUAAUAGGCAACAUUAAUUAAUGUGCUGAAUGAAAAAAGUGAAUAGAUCUAGUAGAGGGCAGGGGAGAAACAUUGAAUACUGUAAAUGUAGAAACUUUCGCAGUGGUUUAAUGUUCCGCAGUGGCGGCUUCACUGUGAACUUAACACCACCGCGAACAUGUUUCCAUUGCAGUAAGAGACAGUGCAUGAUUUUACCACGAACCAUCGUGAAAAGUCCUUUUCCCUGCUACUGUGAAAUUAUAUACCACGAACUUAAAAACAUUUACAGUAUGUGACUCGGAUAACGUCCUUGCUCAGACUGUAUUAAACUUUAUAAUAGUCCAUGUACAAGUGCGUAAACCUGGUCCUCAGGCUGUUGUCAUCAUUUUUGUAUUGAGAACCAAGAAAUUAAAUAGAUGUGUCCCUUUC